AUGCUCUCGAGGAGGAGAGAGAAUGAAGCUUUCGGCGUUGCAGCAGAGCCGUCGGAACAACAGCUUCAGAUCAUCAGCGCCGUUAGAAUCAUCUGUCGAUGGCACCAUCAAGUCUCCGGCGUCCAUUUUCUGGCUAGUACUCCAUGGCUCUGCUGCCUCAUUAGCCUGGUUCUUGGCUUCCGAUUCUCUCGUCUUGUCUUCUUAUUCCUCUUCUCCACCUCCGCCACCACUACAAACCUCUAUACUACGUUGCCGUACAAUGUAGUCGAAACCCUUGCUUUUCAGUCAACAUUCUCUUCGGAGAAUGCUGUAUCGAAUUCGCCGGCGAAUAGGAAAGCUAUUUCAAGCAGUGGAGUGGUAGUUGGGCGGCACGGGAUUUUGAUCCGGCCGUGGCCGCAUCCAAAUCCGGAUGAGGUCAUGAAAGCCCACCGCAUAAUUGAGAGAGUUCAGAGAGAGCAAAGAUUUCAGUACGGCGUCAAGAACCCUAGGACCAUUAUUGCCAUCACUCCAACCUAUGUUCGAACUUUCCAAACUUUGCAUCUCACUGGAGUAAUGCAUUCUCUGAUGAAUGUACCGUACGAUCUCAUUUGGAUCGUCGUCGAAGCCGGAGGAACCACCAACGAGACCGCUUCGUUGAUCGCCAAGUCAGGUCUUCGGACUAUCCAUAUCGGAUUCAACGAGAAAAUGCCUGUUUUGUGGGAGGAUCGACACAAAAUGGAGUCCAAAAUGCGACUUCUUGCCUUGAGAGCUGUGAAAGAGCAGAAGCUGGAUGGGAUUGUGGUGUUUGCGGAUGAUAGUAAUAUGCAUAGCAUGGAGCUUUUUGAUGAGAUCCAGAAGGUGAAAUGGAUUGGUGCUGUUUCGAUUGGGAUUCUUGAUCAUUCGGAUAAUUCUGAUACAGAAUUGUCGGUUAUUGAGAACAAAAAGGAUGAAAAUAACUCGGCUGUGCCGGUACAAGGUCCGGCUUGCAAUUCGUCGGACCAAUUGGUGGGUUGGAACACCUUUAAUUCUCUGCUGUAUGAGAAGAAGAGUGCGAGUUAUAUUGGUGACAGGGCAAUUGUGCUACCGAGGAAGCAGGAGUGGGCUACGUUUGUAUUGAAUUCAAGGUUGGUCUGGAAGGAAGCUGAUGACAAGCCAGGCUGGGUUAAUUUGGAUAUGUUGGCCAUGAAUGGAAAGGAUAUUGAGAGUCCAUUGUCAAUGUUGAAGGACCCUUCGGUGGUAGAGCCUCUUGGGAAUUGUGGGCGCAAAGUUCUGCUGUGGUGGCUGCGUGUUGAAGCACAGGCAGAUAGCAAAUUCCCUGCCGGGUGGAUAAUUGACCCUCCAUUAGAAGUCACUGUAUCAGCCAAACACACACCGUGGCCAGAUGCUCCUCCUGAACUCCCAUCGGAUGAAAAAGUGAUGGGUAUCCAAGAGAACACUGAGAAACGUGUAUCAAAAAUUAGGUUGCCCAGAUCAAAACGCCGAAGCAAGAGAAAGCAUGAAUUGAGAAAUGCGGGCGAGCAGGUUUCUGCAAGGCGUCCAGGGGAGAAGUAAAACCUCGUCAGUCAUUGAAGUCGGAGAAUUGUACUCCUGUGAAGUUACCAUUGUGAAUGAGCCAUCAACAUCAACAACCUCAAAGACAAAGAUAAUAUUUUUACUAAGUAAAUACCAGGGAACUUCUGUUACAGUAGGCCAGGGGAUACACCCCACUGAAUUUUCAAAUAUUUUUUGAUCUCGUGAAAGAGGUCUGUCAAUGUGUCUCGGUGCAUUUGCUGAUUGGCUGG